AUGCAGAGUGCUCCCGGCCGACCAGGCCAACAGGCCGUCGCGAAACCCUACUCUCAACCCGGAGUCGCCAAGCCGGCAGCACCGCGAAGGACAGCGGGACAGGCGAUCAGGGGAAGCCAGAGGGCUGCAGUACGAGAACGAUGGGACCGAGUUUUUGGAGGACAGGCUUUCCUUGAGCCUGGUCCGACGAAUCGCCUCGUGCUGUCCAUGCGGUCGGGCAUCCCGGCAGAGGUGGACUUCGGCCUGGGACACCUCGUCCAGGUCACCUCGAUGGAACCGGACCUCGUCCGCUUUAACGAGAUGCCCGGCUUGCUCGACGGAUGUCUCGCCUUGAUCCGGGAUUACCUCGAGCGGCGGCGGGCAGACCGGCUACGAGGAACACCUGCGAUGACCCCCUUCGUCGGUGAGGAGGGCAGGGACGUCGUGCGGCGACGAGCGGGAGAGGCUGCCCUGAUUCUGCGGAAUCUGGCGCCGGAGAAGCGGAGUCAGGAGCCGCUCAAGGAGAGCAAGAAGCUGAAGAAGGUGCUCUGCGAGGUUCUGGAGGAAGGCAUGGUGGACGAGCUGGACGCAGAGGAGACGACCGAGAUUCGGGUCUACCUCCUCGACGUGCUCGAAUGCAUCGCCGAGCACAUCCCUCUCGCCCUCCCUGGUCACGCCAUCGCUGCUGCCGCCGUCGACGACGACAAGGACGACCGUCCACUUCCCAAGCCUGAACCGCUCGACUCGCCUUCGGUCCGCCUCUUCCCCCUUCUGGUCGCCCUUACCCGCUCCACCGACCGCGCACUUGUCCUCGGCGCUUUCCGCUGCCUUACGGCCCUCGCUCUGAACGACAAGUCGGACGCUGUCUUCGCCCUCCUCACCUACGAAGCCAUCGAGCCCCUCCCGAAGCCUCAUCCUCAUCCUAUCCAAACCGCCAUCGAGCUCCUUCCCGUCAGCGACGCCGAGCUCAGCCUCGCCAUCCUCGAGUUCCUCUACCAGCACACCCUCCUGCCGUCCAAUGCCGUUCUCUUCGCCUCUCGUCCUGAACUCGCGGGUAUCCUUCGACUGGUCUUCAGCAAAUUCCACAUCCGUGCAAAGCUCGAGGAGAUCGACAUCGACGUAUCCACGGCGCCGUUCGAGGGUAAGCAGUACCACGACUCGCACGGCUUCAAGCACUUGCGGAAACCGACGGGCUCGUCGAAGGCGACCGAGGGCAGUCUCGUGACGGCUGGCGAGCUGGCGCGCUUGCUACCACUGCCAGAACCGCAGCGGGUAUUGACAUGGAUGCGCCUUGUCUUUGAGAUGGAUCCGCAAGGCUCGAUCCAGCAAACGGAGCUGUGGCAAGCGUACCGCGCGCAGUUCGAGUUGAACUUGCGACCAGGACACCCGCAAAUGUUCCCGGCGGCCGACGUGAUCAAGUACUCGACGACGGCGUUUCCUGAGUCGGUCCCGAUGGUGAGCGAGGAGGGCGGAGCGCGCAGAUUCAUCAUCAAGGGGCUCAAGCUGAAGGACCGACCCGAACUCGACGGCCGACGCGCGUGCAAGUGGAUGGGCUGCCACGCGCAGAUCAGCGCCGUCGACAAGCCUCUCACCUGCUACCAACACCUGCACACCUCUCACAUCGCGACCUCGAACCCUCCGACCGCCUGUCAGUGGCUCGGCUGCAACUACGCGACCUCGCAGACAGCAGACGCCCUCCGAAUUGCCGAGCUCCUCCUUCACGUCCGCACGCAUCUCCCGCCUCUCUCCUCCGCCUCUCUCGCCGUCUCCGAAGGAUCCCCGCUCAAGCCCAUGCCGGCCGUUCUUCACCACCAGCGCUUCCAUGCCGAGAAGGAGGGUACAGCUUUCGACUCGAGCGCGACAGGUCACGGCUUUUUUGCCGCACUCGUCGUCCGCAAUCUCGGUCGCGUCGCCAAGCUCGCCGUCGAUGCCCGCACUUCCGCCGCGGCGUCUGCUGCGUCAGGCAAGGGUGCGAGCGGUUCUGCCCUCGUCGCGAGUGGCAACGCAGCGAUCGGGCGACUCGCCGGCGACCAGCAGUCGAUCUUCGAGGCGUUCGCAGCGGCCGCCGAGGGUAGCGUCAAGAAGGAGGGCGUGCUCAACCGCCUGCAAAAGGUCGACUACGCCGCCGGUCUCCCGCUCGCAGAAGCGCUCGUCGGCAUGCAGGACGCGCUCAACGCGACCGUCAUGAGCGAUGUCACGCUCGGCAAGAUUCUUGGCGAGACGGCGCUUCAAGUCGAGGAGUGCAGGAGGGGCUUGAAGAAGCUGCGAGCGGCAGCGUCGGCGACUUCGCAGGACGUCGAGAUGAAGGUGCAAGCAUGA